CGACAAGCACUGCAACACAAAAGACCAGGACAGCGAACUAUCUGGCACGUUUUUGAGGAUACAACCGAGGACACCGAGUUGCUUUGCUAUCGAGCAAACUAACUGACCAAAAGUGCCAAGAUGUCCCAAGCGUUAGUGAGAAGAAAUUCCAGCAAAGUGGGGCUGCAGAAUCUGAUGAAACUAACCGCCCAGAGGAGCAUAGAGGAUGCGGAGGAGGUAGAGAGGGAGCGCAGACGCAGGGCCCGAGAGGAGCUGAGGCGCAGGGACAGUGGCUCUGUGAGUGGGGAGUCUCCAGAGAGCCAUACGCCCACUGAGGACAGCCAGCUGGACGACAGUUACAAGCCCAGCAGCUCCCCGUCUCUGGAGGAGGACGAGGGCUUCAGCGACUGGACCCAGAAGAGAGAGAGGCAGAGACAGCUACGUCAACAAGAGCUAACCCACAACCACCACCACCAGAAGAACGGAGCCGAGGAAGAGGAAGAAGAGGAGGAGUGUGAUCCCAACACAGGGCAGAGGGGCGGCCACGGAGGCAACCAUCCCUCCCUCACCACUUCCAGACUCCAAAAACAGGAACAGGAGAGGCAGGAGAUGGAGAGGAGAAAGAAGAGGCAGGAGGAAGAAGUGAGAGCAGAGAGGGUUAGGAGAGAGAGGGAGAGAGAGGAGCUGGGGAGGAGGGAGAGGGAGGAACAGGGGAGGAGGGAGAGGGAGGAACAGGGGAGGAGGGAGAGGGAGGAACAGGGGAGGAGAGAGAAGGAGGAACGGGGGAAGAGGGAGGAACAGGGGAGGAGGGAGAGGGAGGAACAAGGGAGGAGGGAGAGAGAGGAGCAAGGGAGGAGGGAGAGGGAGGAGCAGGCUGAACGUGUCCGGAGGGAGAAAGAGGAGGAGCGAAGGAAGAGAGAGGAGUUGACCAAGCGAAAAGAAGAGAGCCAUAGACCAAAUAUAGAGGUUGAAAAAAGAAAAGAAAUGAAAGUGUCGUACACAUCCAGAGUUGUCCUGAACCAGGAGCCCAGACACUUCAACUCAAAUGGUAACACCUCCCCCCAAGAGAAGGUGGUCACCCACGGCAACAGCACCACUAUCAGCUGGACCAGGCGGUCCAUCAAUCAUGCCCCUGAGCCGGAGGAGAGUGAGGCCAUCCAGGAGACGGAGCGGCGCUUGGAGAAGAUCCGGCGUGGUCUGCAGGAGAAGGAGAGCCAGGAGCUGGAACAGCUGAGGCAGAGGCAGGUCGAAGCAGAGCACGAGCUGGAGGAGCUGAAGAGGAGGAGGGAGGAGAGGAGACUCAUCAGGGAAGAAGAGGAGCGACGCAGGGAGGAGGAGGAGCAGAACCGAUUGGCCAAAGAGGAGGAGGAGAAGAGGCGCAUGAAGGAGGAAAUAGAGAGGAGAAGGAUGGAGGCGGCCGAGAGGAUGAAGAGCCUGAGUACGUCCAGUGAUGCAGAAGAAGCAUUCAGUCCAUUUAGUCCUAAAACACCCACACACAAGAUCACAGAGAGAACAGAGUCCCUCAGCAGAUCACUUAAAAAGAGUAACAGUUUUAAGAAGACGCCACCCCUUGUCCCUACGUCAAAGAUCGACGACAAACUGGAGCAGUACACUCAUGCUAUUGAGACCUCCACUGAGACCCGGUCAGUGAAGGCAGCACCAUCUGACCUUCCCAGCACACCAGAAGUGGCAACAAAGAAGAACCUAUUUGAAGCAGGAGAGGUUUUUUGUCAGAGCCCGACCAAAGUACCAGGCUGCAAGGACACAGAAGGCCUGAAAGUGGGAGUGGCUAAUCUGAUCACUCAGUGGGUGAAGGGCCCCAAUGACUCCAGUCGACAGGGGCCAGGCAAACCUACAGACGUCAAACCCGGAGACGUAAUGCAGAAGAGGAACAUGUGGGAGGGCAUGGGAGAGAGCUCCAUGAGGCCAGGACAGAGGAAGGGCUCCACAUCUGGUAAAAAAUACAAGUUUGUUGUCACUGGUCACGGCAAAUAUGAGAAGAUUCCUGUGGAUGAUGAUGAGACCGAAGGACCCUUUGCUGAUGACCUAUAGAACAACUGAUGAGAUGGAAUUGAAUCAUGUACACCGCCUCCCAAUAGACCAGCUGAUUUCAACAACACCGAAAUGGUCCCAAAUAUUUCAUACAAUACAUCACAAUGUUCAGUUUCUCAAUCUUAUGUAUAAAACUAAAAAAUUCAACAAUUAUGUAUGGAUUUCUUUUUUUGUGUAUUUCCUAAUGCUAUGUACAUAUCUGAUUGUGAGCUUUACUGUUACUGGUUGGUCCAGGUUGGUUUUCAUAGAGUUUACAUUUGCUAUCAUGUAGGCAAUGCAAGAUUAGAGUUUAUUUUUCUUUAUUACAUACUAUAUUGGGUUAUUUUCUGCACUUACGUUUUUGCUUCAAACAAUCUGACUUUUUGACAAUGAGGAAUAAGAGUUUCUUUUAAUCAAUAAAAAAAUGAAAAAUAAAUUUAAAAAUGUUACAAGUGUUGUGUGUAUACAUUGUACUCUAUUAAGAUGUGAUACCAAAUUUUAAGACAAUGGAAUGAUGUUACAACAAUAGAAUCUCUAUUUUCAAAUAUGCUGUUACAUUAUUGAAAUUAUAAGGAAUAUGUUUUGUUGUCAGUGUUGGUGCCUUUAGCUUCAUCUGUAAAGUGCUGCACACAUUCCUAAAUUUUUCUAAAAUAUUUUCUUAAAUGCCAUCUUGUGUGUUUGUAACCCCAUUUGCAUAAAUAAAUUAAACGUUUUCUGAG